AUGGAGGAGGUGAUCUUGAGUGCCAUCACGUGGAAUGUACAGGACAACCAGGUGACCAGGACCAGUCAGCAUGAGUUUGUGAAAGACAGGUCCUGCUUGGCCAACCUGAUCUCCUUCUGUGACAAAGAGACCAACUUAGUGGAUGUGGGAAUGGCAGUAGAAGUUGUCUACCUGGGCUUCAAUGCUGUUUCCCACAGCAUUCUCCUGGAGAAACUUGCUGCACGUGUCUUGGACGAGUACUCUUUGCUGGGUGAAAAACUGGAUGAUGAGGUGGUGGAAGAAUAUAGUGAAAAUAAUUUCUAUGAAUCCGAUGAAGAGCAGAAAGAAAAGGAUCGGAAAGUGAAGAACGCCUACACUAUGGACCCAGAUCACAGGCUGCUGUUACGGAAUACAAAGCCCUUGCUUCAAAGCCGAAAUGCUGCUGUGGUAAUGGCAGUUGCACAGCUUUACUGGCACUUGGCACCAAAAUCUGAAACUGGUAUUGUUUCUAAGUCAUUGGUGCGUUUACUCCGUAGUAACAGGGAGGUGCAGUAUAUUGUUCUGCAAAAUAUUGCCACUAUGUCAAUUCAGAGAAAGGGCAUGUUUGAACCUUAUCUGAAGAGUUUCUAUGUUAGAUCAACUGAUCCAACAAUGAUCAAAACACUGAAGCUUGAAAUCUUGACAAAUUUAGCAAAUGAAGCCAACAUAUCAACUCUGCUUCGAGAAUUUCAGACUUACGUGAAGAGCCAAGAUAAACAGUUUGCUGCAGCUACAAUUCAGGCUAUAGGCAGAUAUGCUACUAACAUCACCGAAGUGACUGACACGUGCCUUAAUGGCCUUGUAUGUUUGCUGUCCAACAGGGAUGAAAUUGUAGUUGCUGAAAGUGUUGUUGUCAUUAAAAAACUGCUGCAAACCCAGCCAGCACACCAUGGUGAAAUUAUUAAGCAUAUGGCCAAACUCUUGGAUAAUAUUACAGUCCCGGUAGCCAGAGCCAGCAUUCUCUGGCUCAUUGGCGAGUACUGCGAACGGGUUCCAAAGAUCGCACCUGAUGUUUUGAGAAAGACAACCAAGAGCUUCACUACUGAAGAUGACCUUGUAAAGCUGCAGAUCUUAAACUUGGCUGCAAAACUCUAUUUAACAAACUCAAAACAG